GAGCUCCCUGCUGUUAUUCAAGCUUUGAGUUCUCACGGAAGCAUUUUCAAAGGAGAAGAAAGUUCAAAUCCUUCGAAAAAAUAUCAAAAUUUAGACAAACCAGUCCCUUUGAAAGCAAAUAGCAAGGGGAAAGGUUCUUUACAAGAGCCAGAUGAUUCAACUCCUGAGGUUAUUAGCAUUAAGAGUGGUGACUACUGCGAAGAAGAGGCACAUUCUUCGUUCUCGGGUGCUAGUCAUCCUCCGGAACCAAUAGACAUGGAUUUGAUGAAGACGGUUUAUGUAGCAAUCGACCAGAACAAAUGCGAAGAGAAGUGUUUGAUUAAAAGCCUGCCUGUUAGAGGCCUUCCAAUUAGGGUUUCGGGUUUGAAAUCACAUGCGGUUGAAGAGAAUGUUGAAUCGAGCACGCCGCCUUCUCCCUUUAGUGCAGAGCCUGCAUAUUUACCUCAGGAUUCUGAGGAGAAGGAGAUAUUGUGGGACGCUUCACUACCUCCCAGUGGCAAUGUAAGCCCUCACAGUAGCAUUGACAGUAGUGGAGUCGCAACUACUAUGAGUAUUGUGAAUAGCUGUACAAAUACAUAUCGAAGUGAUGGAAUGAUCAGUGAAAGAACUUGUGAGAGUGGUAAGGCAAGUGUUAGAGGGGAUUCACUUGAGAGUGCAAGAACAAGCGUAAGCAGAGCAAGCGACAGCAGUGGCCUCAGUGAUGAUAGUAAUUGGAGCAAUGUGACCGGGAGCGCUAACAAGCCUCACAAGGGGAAUGAUCCUAGAUGGAAGGCUAUUCUUGCUGUUAGGGCUCGGAAUGGUAUAUUGGGUAUGAGCCAUUUUAGGUUGCUUAGACGGUUGGGAUGUGGCGAUAUUGGUAGUGUUUACUUGUCAGAACUGAGUGGAACGAGGUGCUUCUUUGCUAUGAAAGUGAUGGACAAAGCAUCACUGGCGAGCAGGAAGAAGCUCACAAGGGCUCAAACUGAGAGGGAGAUUCUUCAGCUUCUGGAUCAUCCAUUCCUUCCUACUUUGUAUACUCAUUUUGAUACUGAUAGAUUUUCCUGUUUAGUUAUGGAGUUCUGUCCGGGUGGUGAUUUGCACACUUUGAGACAGCGCCAGCCAGGGAAAUACUUUUCGGAGUACGCCGCAAGAUUUUACGCGGCAGAAGUCCUAUUGGCUUUAGAGUACCUGCACAUGCUCGGAGUUGUCUACAGAGACCUCAAACCUGAAAAUGUUCUUGUCCGUGACGAUGGUCACAUAAUGCUAUCGGACUUUGAUCUCUCACUAAGAUGUGCAGUAUCACCAACCCUAAUAAAGUCCUCAUCGCUCGACUCUGACCCUUCUAAACGAUCAAUAGGUGCAUUCUGUGUCCAACCUGCGUGUAUCAAUCCUUCAUCUGCGUGUAUCCAACCCGCAUGCUUCAUGCCUAGGUUGUUCUCUCAAAAAAACAAGAAAACUUCAAGAAAACCUAGACCCGAGCCCACUCAACACUCUACCACCCUACCUGAGCUCGUGGCUGAACCCACAAGUGCUCGUUCCAUGUCCUUCGUAGGAACUCACGAAUACCUCGCGCCCGAGAUAAUAAAAGGCGAAGGCCACGGGAGCGCUGUAGACUGGUGGACCUUCGGGAUUUUCCUCCACGAGCUUUUGUACGGGAAAACCCCAUUCAAGGGGUCAGGCAACCGGGCGACGCUGUUCAAUGUGGUUGGGCAGCAGCUUAGGUUUCCGGAAUCUCCUGCGACGAGCUAUUCAAGCAGGGAUCUGAUCAGGGGUCUGCUGGUCAAGGAGCCUCAGCAUCGGUUGGGGGUGAAGAGGGGAGCGACGGAGAUCAAGCAGCAUCCCUUCUUUGAAGGGGUGAACUGGGCGCUGAUACGGUGUAGUACACCGCCGGAGGUGCCGAGGCCGGUGGAGGCCGAGAUUCCGAUGAGAGGAGGAGGAGGAGGAGGAGGAGGAGAAAAUGGUGGGAGUAGCAGUAAGAGGAUGGGAGGGGGUGACGUGAAGUCUGGAGGCAAGUACCUGGACUUUGAGUUCUUCUGAUGACAGUUGGGAUUUGGGAGGUUUUGUGGUAUUAGCAUGUAUUGUUGUAAGUGAGAUGAGAGUUGCUGUAAUUGAUUCUGUGUUUGUAUACUCUUCAUAUUAUCAAGGGAAAAUCUUCUUUUAACCCAAA